AUGGAGACAGAAGAGACAGAGAAGGAGACAGAGAAGGAGAGAGAUACGGCAGAGGGAGAGACAGGGCGGGGGAGACAGACGAGGGAAAGGAGACAGGUAACAGACAGAAACAAAACGACAAAGGAGACAGAGAAAGAGAAGGAGACAGAUAAGGAGACAGAUAAGGAGACAGGAGAGACAGAAAGGAGACAGAGAAGGAGACAGAAGAGACAGAAAGGAGACAGAGAAGGAGACAGAGAACGAGACAAAAGGAGACAGAGAAGGAGACAAAAGGAGACAGAGAAGGAGACAGAGAAGGAGACAGAGAAGGAGACAGAGGGGUGUAUAGGCAGCUCAGCUGCAGCAGAAGAAGCAGCAGCAGCAGGGCCUCACGAGGAGACCUGCGGAGACAGCUGGAGCCACAGCUCGCUGCAGCAGCAGCAGCACGGCGGUGGCAAAGGCUGCACCGCAGCAGCAGCAACAGCAGCAGCAGCAGCAGCAGCAGCAGCAGCAACUGCUGCAGUUUGUCUCCUUUUUCUUAUAUUCUCUCUCUUUGUUAGUAGAUGCCGUAAAGAAGGAGGGCCCAUAGACACCGCAGAGCAGCAGCCAGGGGCAGCGAGAAGGAGACAGAGGAACAGAGAAGGAGACAGAAAAGGAGACAGAGAAAGAGAGAAAGAGACAGAAGUAGAAAAAGAGAGACACCAGGGGAGACACCCCAACAAGAUGGAGCAGGAGACAGUCCCCUCGCUGUCCCCUUCUCUUUCGCGGAGACAGCAACGGCCCCAGAGGAGGAGAUAUCCUCAAGCCAAGAGGAGACAGCUUCUGCAGCAGAAACACCCACCAGCAGCAGCAGCAGCAGCAGCAGCAGCAGCAGCAGCAGCAGGAAGGAGGCAGCAGCGAACGGCCCCAGAGGAGGAGAUAUCCUCAAGCCAAGAGGAGACAGCUUCUGCAGCAGAAACACCCACCACCAGCAGCAGCAGCAGCAGCAGCAGCAGCAGCGGCAGCAGGAAAGAGGCAGCAGCAGGAGAAAAGGAUAGUCCCCAAGGGGACACGCAAAAGGAGACAGUCUCCUCGAGCAGCAAAGAAAAAAACAAAGAAGAAGAAAAGGAGACAGAAGGAGACAAAGAGACAGCUGAGGGCCCCCACACCAGCAACAAAGAAGGAGACACUACAAGCAGCAGGCGGGCUGGGGGCUCUCGGCCCCUUCUACUCUCUAAGCCCCCCCGAGGAGACACCUCGUCGCUGUCUCCUACUAGCAGCAGCAGCAGCAGCAGCAGCAGCAGCAGCGGCAGCAGCAGCAGCAGCAACAAGAAGAACGGAGACAGACAGAGGCCCUUGGGGUCUCCUCUCUCUGUCGAUGAUUUGGAGCUGGAGACAGAGCAGGGCGAGUCCCUAAGGAGACAAAAAGGAGACACUUCUGCUGCUGCUGCUCCUGCUGCUGCUGCUGCUGCUGCUGCUGCUGAUGGUGGUAGUAGUGGUGGGGUUGCUGGGGAACAGGAGGAGGAUCUGCUGGAGGCAGCACAGGAGCUGAAGAAGCUGGUGAUGGAGUUAGAGUUAGGAGAGAAGAGAGAGGAGACAGAAGAAGACAAAGACAAAGAAAAAGAAAAAGAGACAAUAAAAGAGCAGCUGCAGCAGCUGCAGCAGCUGCAGCAGCUGCAGCAGCAAGACAACACCCCACACAGAAAAAGAAAAAGAGACAAUAAAAGAGCAGCUGCAGCAGCUGCAGCAGCUGCAGCAGCUGCAGCAGCUGCAGCAGCAAGACAACAUCCCACAUACACUGAGGGGACUGAAGAACUAUGGGGGCCUGUCGAUGCUGCUGCUGCUCUCAGCCCCGCCAGCGGCAGCACCUUCUACAGCAGCAUGAAGGCUGUGGGGACAGACGCGGAGACAGUCUCCAAGGAGUCUGGAGACAAAGACAAAGACAGAGACAAAGACAGAGACAGAGACAGAGACAAAGACAGAGACAGAGACAGAGACAGGGACAGAGACAGAGAUGAAAGAGGAGACAGAAAAUAA